AUGGAUGGGGAGCGGGAUUUUAAUUCGGGGGUGGCGUCGUCGAUGCGUUGGGAGAGGGGGGCAGGGGUGGAGCCUCCGGAGAAGGUUGCUGCCUUUGGAGUGGAAGGGACUAGGCUCGUUGAUGCCGUUGAAGUGGAAGGCUGGGUAUGGGUCGACGCCUUCAGAGUGGAUGGCUGGGUUAGGGUCGACAACUUAGGAGUGGAAGGUGGGUUUGGAGUUAAGGUCUUCGGAGUGGAAGGCGGGUUUGGGGUUGAGGCCUUCAGAGUUGAAGACAGGGUUGGCGUCGAUGACUUCGGAGUGGAAGACAAAGUUGUGGCCGAUGGCUUCGGAGUGGAAGGCUGGGUUGAGGUCGAUGACGUCAGUGUAGAAGGCUGGUUUGGGGUCGACUCUCUUUGGGAACGCUGGGUUGGGGGCAGAACUUUUGGUGUUGAAGGCCUGGUUGGGCUUGAUGCCGCCACCUCAGGAGUGGAAGUGGGGGAUCGGGAACGACUUUGUCUUGACUCGUUUGCCCAGAUCGAAAAGUCCCUGCUUGAGGGGCUGGCCCAUGAUGCCUUGGCAGCUGUUCGUGAACACAUCAAGCACAAAAAGGCCUACCUCCAACUGAAGGAUGAGGUUAUCUGCAAUCAGGGAGCAAACACACGUGCACAGGGAAUUCUCAAGCGUGUACAAAAUCUUACGCUCACGCAUGCGAAUCGGUACAAUUUCAUUCGCGAACGACUUCUCCUACUUGGGCUCUCUGCCAAUGACAGCACCUUUCAGCCCCUGUCAACGAAAGACGAUCUUUGGAUGUAUAGCUUCAACACUUCACGUACCCGUCGUUCUGAAGGUUUGGAACCAUGGUAUUGGACCAUGCGACCAGUUGUGGAUCACGUCCGAUGGUUUCGUCAGCGAACCUUGCGCGAUCGUCACCGUGAGGAAGCCAACAUUUUGAAGGAAGAAUUUGAACGAACCCUCCGAUCUUUUGCUGCCAUGUCAAGAGCAUGGUCUCAAACCAUCCAGGUAUCAGAAGAACAGUCUAUUUUGGGUGCCAAUGCGUAUGCUGCAAAAAUUUCAGCCAUGUAUCAGGAGAUGCAUGAAAAGUGCAAACAGUCAUAUUUAUUAGCAAUCGCUACACAUACGGAAGCUGGUGUGGAAUUAAGAGGAGGGCUGUAUCAUGGUUUGCAACUGGAGAUUCGUCAGUCUGUCAUGCGCCAAAUUUCCCUUGCGAUUCCGAAUACACACGUCAGCCCCAGCACCGCCAGCUCAAUCAAGCGGAGGUCCUUCUGGGAUCACUAG